CAGAGGCUGAGAGAAGUCACAUGGCAGGUUCCCUUCUCACACUCCUGCUGAUCCUACUGUUGUCCUUAUCCCUGGGAUCUGCAAAAAAAGCCCAGGAUACCGGGGAAAGGAUUAUUAAUGGAGGUCCAUGUCCAAAGGGCUCCCGUCCCUGGCAGGUGGCCCUGCUCAGCGGCAGUCAGCUCCACUGUGGAGGCGUGCUGGUCAACGAGAUGUGGGUGCUCACCGCCGCCCACUGCAAGAUGAAUGAGUACUUCUUGCAGGCUGGCAGUGAUCUGCUGAACAAUGGCAACGUCCAGAGCCUCAGCGUCACAGAGUCAUUCAUCCACCCCAACUAUUCCACACAGACCCAUGUUAAUGACAUCAUGCUUGUGAAGCUAAGCAGCCCAGCCAGACUGUCAUCAAGUGUGAGGGAAGUCAACCUGCCCUCCAGCUGCGCCCCUGGGACCACAAGUACCAUUUCUGGCUGGGGCACCACCAACAGCCAUAAAGUGACCCUUCCAUCGGAGCUCAUGUGCACGGAUGUCACCCUCAUCUCCUUCGAGGAGUGCAAGAAGUUUUACAACGGUGUGAAACCUUCCAUGAUCUGUGCCAGCAGCCUCUCCAACAGCAAGACCAACGCCUGCAAUGGUGACUCAGGGGGACCACUGAUGUGCAAUGACACCCUGCAAGGCCUGGUGUCCUGGGAAACGUUCCCUUGUGGCCAACACAGUGAACCAGUUGUCUAUACCCGGGUCUGCAAUUACGUUGAUUGGAUAAAGGAGACCAUGAGAAAACAUUGCUAA